AUGCCGGCCUCGUGCCUCGGCCCGUCCCACAGACCGGGGAGCGGAUCCCUGGCCAUCAGCUUGGUGGGCCUUGUGUUUCUUCAACUUUUUUUCUUGGCCCAGCCAGCGCACGCCGCCAUUCCCUGUGUGAACGGCGCCAUCUACCGUUACGGUAGCUUUGACGUCUGCGAAUGUCAUUCCGGAUUCUCUGGCGUCUCCUGCACCAUCCCGGUCCGCAAUUGUGCCUCCCCCAAAACCUGCCCCACCAACGCCGACUGCAGCACCGGCUCCUGCAAAUGUUUUUCCGGCUGGGCUGGUGCCGUCUGCCACAUUCGUGAGCACCUGCUCGGCUGGUACUACGAUGCAGCUGCCGAUGACAUUCACCCUUGCCCAGAAGGCUACUUCAGCCACAACGGCCUUUCCACGAGCAGCCUUCGUUGCUACCCCGUGACCUUGGGCUAUUGGCCUGCUGAUAUCGUCACCAACACCUGGGCCAAUCAGUCUGCCAAUACCGUUCGGCACUGUCCAGCCAACUUUGAAUGUUUGCCUCCGGCCUUUUACCCGUCCCCUUGCAAGCUCGGGGCCAUCUCCCGCCGCGGCCAAGGCUUUUGUCGGGCACGUAACAUCUGUCCAGCCGGCUACUACGGCAUUCAGGACGGCUGCGUGCCCUGUCCUACUGGUACCGGUGUCUUGUACUCCAACGCCGUCUCCGUUUCCCAGUGCCAAAGAGUACCCAAAGGCUAUUACGGUGUUCGCAAUUUGGAUCGCAUCACCACGGGCUUGGCUGGGAACACCACGGAUGCGGGUGCUUACAGCCCUGCCCAUUGGACGGGAGUCGGCAUCAACGAGUUUCAUCUCUGCCCCCCUGGCUACUUUUGUGCUGGUGGUGCUGCGCCGCCCGUCAAGUGCACGGACAAUUCGAUUCCAUCGGCAGCUGCCGAUGUGUGCGUGCCCUGCUCAACCGGCUCGGUGGCUGUGGACAACGAGUGCAUCAAAUGCCCCUCACACACUUGGUCUUGGACCACCGCCGUUUGUGAACCGGUCGUGCUCCACUACCCCCCUGAUUGCCUGGAAUCGGAGAUUGGUCUAUUUUCAGAGGAACUCAUCAUCAAUCCGUACCUCCAAGGCCGUGUCAAUGUGACCUACACAAUGUCAGAGACGCAAACUUCGGUUUCCCGUGUACAAACCUACUACGUGCGCAUGGUGACCAGCACCUCAGACGACGUGUUGACGCUCAAGCGUUGUAUCCUCAGCGGGCAGGCUCGCACCAGCUACGUUAGCAGUCUUGGACGGAUGCAUGAUCAAGGCACACUCAGGCAAUUUUUUAUGACCGACACUGCUGCCUUCAAUGGUGGCACGCUCUCGCGCACACCCAAACUUCUGGACGCCUCCUCUGGCGUUUCGCAGAUUUUUGAGUUUGCAGAUCACGUGACGGUGGAUACGACAAUGAAGGGCUGCUCCGGGGCCUUGUUCAGGUUUGAAUCCUACUUUUGUCCGACGCACCCGAGUGUCACUGAUCCCUGGAUCACGCGCGUUACCAUCGAUGCCGAGCUCUAUCUUGGCGUGCGCCUCUCCACCAACUCCCCGUCCAAUCUGGGCGUUAACUACAAUCCCCGCGUGCUUAAUGCGACUGCCAGAAUUCGUUUGCAGCCAACCACGGCUUGUGCUCACCUGGAGGUCGAAGCACCCUUUGACAACGUUGUGGUCACGUUUUCUCGGGCCAUGUUCUACGUCUACAAUCACAAUGUCGAUGGCCUUGCCGAGGAGCUGGGCAACACGACCUUGGCCAUGGCGCGGCCCAAAGCGUACGUGGCCAUUCAAACAGACGAUGCCAAUGCUGCCGUGGCGACCCUGGGGGACACCAAGCCCCCGACCUUUGUCUGGUGUGAAAAUCAGUUUAUCACGGUGCACAGUCUGGGCGAUACGGUCAAUCUAUCAUGGGUCAUUCCCACGGCCAUUGAUGACUCGGGCUCCGUGACCGUGGUGGGUAAUCACGCUCCGGGUCUCUACAGCUGGCGGGAGCUAGAUUUUACUGCCGUGUACAAGGCCUUUGAUCCCAGCGGCAACGAAGCAACCUGCGUGAUGAUCAUCACCGUCAACAACACGGCCUGGGUCGACAGCGAACUCGUACAUGGUAGCGUGCCCGUGCAAAUAUUUCCUGCCAAGCCAUCUCCGUACGGCGCCUCGGACGGCUGGGUGGUCCCCAUCCUUUCGAUGAAUCAAACUGGGCCUUUUGCCACCAACAUUAGUCUCAACACGUCCGUGCAUCGCCACCGCUUUCUGGUCGCUGCCGAGGAAGGUCAUACCUUUCAAAUGUGGCCCACGACUGGCAGCAUUGACAUCACACUGAUCCUGCAGUUACAAGACGGCACGCAAACAUAUGCCGGCGCGUCAUCGGUGGUGCUGUCGACCGUGGCCGUCAAUUUGCGCUCCCUCACGACGGAAGAGCCUCGCUAUUUGUACCCGGAAUGGUUUCGCAACUCCAAUUCUUAUUUUUUUGAAAACGUUAUGCAUGCACGUGGCUCGGGGUACUUUGAGAUCACCGAGCAGGAGUUGGGGGUGCAAUUUGAUAGCUUUUACAUCGAGGUGCUCUUUCCCAGCGGCAUUCAAUCGGACGCAGAGCUUCUCAACUUUACCAUGCUCCUCAUUGAUGUCUCCACCCACACGGCCACGGAAGCAGCCGCCUUGAACAAUUUUCGGGUGGCAAGCAAGGACGUUUCUGCACCUGACGUAGUAUGCCGACCGCCCCUCAUCAUUCCCUCUUCCGAGUUGGACGUGAACAUGUCGAUCCUGGUGACCGAUGCCGCUACCGCCCCCUUGGAAAUUUCGGACAACUCAGGGUCGGCCAUGCUGGAUCCCAUCGACCCACUGUAUCUGGGAGUUGGGAUUUAUCACGUGGAACGAACGGCCCGCGAUCAAGUGGGAAAUACGCGCUCCUGUAACGUGACUAUCUUUGUGGGUCAGGACCUCCUGUUUUCGACGCCCAACACAACGACGAGUGCCAUCACCAGGGCCACCACACCCGCUUCUAUUGGAUCUACCAUCGAUAGCGGAUCUCGAACUUCCUCCUCCUCUCAAACCCUUAGCCCGCCGCUGAUUGUUUUAAUUGUCCUCGUCGCCAUUUGUAUCAUGGUUGGCCUCGUGUAUCUGAUCUUCCUGCGCAACCAAUCCCAGCGUUUGCGCCGAGUUACGUUCAAGGGAAGCAUGGCCGUGCCAAACCUUUUGCAGGGAUACUAUGUCGGCUCCGAUGACGCCUGCGCACCCGUUGAGCUUGUUCGUCGUCACAUUGAACUUCUCAACCCAAUCGGAGAAGGUUCCAUGGGCAUGGUGAACAAGGCGUAUCUCAAAAACAAAGGAGCGACACCGAUUCUGGUAGCUGUCAAAACGAUGAAGAAUGAUACGCAGGAAUUGGUCAUGGCCAUGCUCCGAGAGGCGGUCAUUCUGAACCAGUUCAACCAUCCUAACAUUGUGCGAUUACAUGGCAUCGUCAAAUCUCCCCCCAUCAUGGUCAUGGAAUAUUGCGAGCAUGGCGCACUGGAUGCUUUUGUUCGAGAGAACGAUGUGGACAAUGGCUUGCGCUUUCGCCUGGCGCGGGAUGUCGCACGCGGCCUGGCCGAGGUGCACGACAAGGGCUGCUUGCACGGCGAUAUUGCCGGCCGCAACAUCCUCAUCGACAGCAACAUGAAUGCCAAGAUUGGUGAUUUUGGAUUUACACGCCAGCAGCCAAACGGGGACUCGCCGUUUUAUAUUGCCCACGGCCGGGCCAUUGCCGUUCGCUGGUGCCCGGGUGAGGUUUUGCUUGAGCUCAAGUUUUCUCAAGCCUCGGACGUCUGGAGCUGGGCAGUGGUGGUGUUUGAGAUCUGGAGUGGCGGGCAACUUCCGUACCGUCGGCUGCACAACGAGCAAGUGUGGGCUUAUGUAAUUCAAGGCAAUCGUCUCAGUCAACCCAUGGGUUGCAACCGCGACAUUUGGCGCUUGUGUAUGGAUUGUUGGGCGACCAUUCCGGCUGAUCGACCAACCAUGGUGCAAGUGGUGGAUCGCCUGACGAAGUUGCAGCGCAUGGAUCGCAGCCUGAUGUCAACGCAUGGAGAUGCGCCUUCAGGGGUAACGGUCAUGACUGAGGACGUUGAUGGGAGCGGAGCGUCACUUCACUUGGCGCAGAGCCGCGAUCAAGGACCUGGGUUUCACCACCUUGCCGGGGCGAUGAAUCCCAUGGAUUCAUCAGAAGAGGAUGAAUCGGAGUCGCCAGAUGAGAGCAGCCGCCGCACGUCUGGCGCUGAAGAUCACAUGGCGCGGACAUCGUUUCUCGCAAUGCCCAGCGGGGGCUACACGCCCGCCGAGGCCUAUGACGAUGUGGGCGAUGAGACAUUGUCGGGGCACACGUUGGUCGAAGUGGACACGCUGCUUGUUUCUGGCGAUGCCACCGAACUGACGGUCAUCGAUCGUAGCUUGGGGCCAAGUGCCGAGAGACAAAAACAUUCUCCCGUCAGAUCGCCGUCAGCGAGUCCUCGACGCCGCGGCUCCAGUUUGGUGUAG